ACUUGAAGGUCAAGGUCGAAGCGGUACACGCUUAAAAGUUAAAAUAUUAAUAAAAGUAGGGAAUAGAAAACGUUGAUUCAACUAAAAAUACAAAUAAAAGGGACUAAGAAUAUUCUAAAAAAUAUUAAAGAGAUUUGAUUAUAAUGACUGUAUUUAAUAUUCUAAAUAAUCACCCUACACGCUGGGUAGGUAGAAAUUGGUGUAAAAGACGAUUAACUAGCUUAAAGAUUUGUAAAGAUAAGCAAUCGCCCCAGUGGAAAUUAUUAUUCUUCGGCACGGAUUCCUUUUCAUUGGAGCAUGUGAAAGCUUUAAAAAAUAAUAUGGACAAGAAUAUAAAUGGAAGGAGAAUAGUAGAACGUUUAGAAGUAGUUAUACCGUCCCAAAGAACUUGUGAAGUAAAGAGUUACGCGGAAAGGGAAAACAUAAAAUAUCACGUAUGGCCCGUCUCAAAUGAGGUUUUGGAGAAGUUCGACCUAGGUGUACUAGCCUCUUUUGGGCAUAUGAUACCUAAGAAAGUACUUACAACUCUCCCAAGGGGAAUAAUCAAUAUCCAUCCUAGUCUACUUCCCAACCUAAGGGGUCCAGCACCCAUACCCCAUACAAUACUAAGAGGCGAUAGAAUAACUGGUGUUACAAUCAUUCAACUUCUUCCACCAUCCAACGGAGUUGAUACCGGACCAAUCCUAAGCCAAAAGAAAUUUCAGGUGGACGAGAAUGCAUUUACAUUGGAUCUAAUGAAACUACUAGCGAAGAAUGGUUCCAAAAUGCUAUUGGAAGUUUUAAAGGAAUACAAGAAAAGCACAGCUGAAAAUCAGGCGACGGAAAUCUCUUCGGACUAUUACGCCUUCAAAUUUAAGACGCUACACUCUUAUAUUAAUUGGAAUCAUUUGGCCGAAAAUAUUUAUAAACAGUAUAAGGCUUUAGGUUAUUCGAUGGAAUUAAGGAGUAGUUUCAAAGGUAAUCGGGUUCGUCUUCACGAGAUGCAUAAACCAGAUUAUCGGAUACCGUCCCUGUUCAAAUCGGAAGGAAAAUUAUCGAAUCGUUUAAACGUAUUAGGAAGUGAAAGUAACCAAGAUUCAUUUAAUCAAAUAAAGAAUGGUAGAGUAUUUUACUCUAAAGAGAAGAAUAGCUUGGCGAUAAAAUGCUCCGAUUCUUUCAUCUAUUUCAAUAAAAUAACUCUUCACAAGAGAAUGUCUGCAUUAGAUUUUUAUAAUGGAUAUUUGACAAAGACAAAGGAAUUUGUAUUAGAAGUAAAAGAUAACGAACUCGAUAAAUGUUUCCUAAUUAGAGACUGACGAUGUUUGGUUGGUGCUAUCGUUUAUUAAUAUAAAAUAUUAUAGAAAAACAGAG